AUGGUGUUGACGGUCCUCACCGACGACCAGAUCAAGGCGAUCCUGGCCGACCUCACGACGGACGAGUUCGAAUCCUUUAGAAAAGUAAUCUCACACGCCCUCCACGAGUACUCAACCAACGCGACAAACAUCGAAGAUGGCACCUACCACCAGCCGGACCGUCUCUCGACCGAGAACCUCAAAACCGGCGCCACCACGCUGUACAUGCCCUCCGUAGGGCCCCAAGGCAUGGGCUGCAAAGUCGUCACCCUCUCCUCCGCCAAAGCCGCCGCGGACCCGGCAAAGCCAGCCAUCACCCCAACCGGCGCCGUGACCCUCCUCUCGCCCGAGGGCCAGCCCGUCGGCUUCCUCCACGCAAAGACGCUCACGGCCUUCCGCACCGCCCUGUCCUCGACGUGUCUGCUCGCGCGCCGCGGACAGGUGAAGACGGUGACGUGCUUCGGCGUCGGGCUGCAGGCCUACUGGCACGUCCGGCUGGCCCUGCUCAUCAGGGGCGCGACCAUCAAGCACGUCAACAUCAUCAACCGCCGCUUCUCGGACCAGGCGCGCGUGUUCCUCAAGCAGUUCUACCACGUGCCGGCGCACAUCAAAGAGCGCGAGGGGUGGGCGGAGACGACGUUCAGCAUCCUCACGCCCGGGUAUGGGGAGUUUGCGCGGCUGCAGAGGGACCAGAUCCGGGAGGCGGAUGUGGUGUACUGCUGUACGCCGUCCACGGAGGAUCUCUUCGAGGCGGAGGUGCUGACGAGCCACGAGGGAAGGCGGAAGGGCAGGUUGAUUGCGGCCAUUGGGAGCUACACGCCGCAGAUGAGGGAGUUGCCAGUCGGGCUGUUGCAGAUGGCUACGAAGCAUGAGAAGGCGCAUUGGCAUUUUCACAAGCAUGCUCCUGAAGGGGGUGUCAUUGUGGUUGACACGCUGGAUGGUGCGCUCAAAGAGGCUGGUGAGGUUAUUGCCGCCGGGUUGCAGCCGACGCAGCUUGUAGAAUUGGGUGAGCUGAUUAUGCUCCGGCGCAUGCGAGAAGAGGCAGACGAUGCCGAGGUGGAAAGUGAGACGGCAAGCAUUGCCCCUUCGGAACUCGACAAGCUCGACUUCUCCGGUACGCCGUCCAUCAAGUCUGCUUUCACAAGCUCCGAUGGCGAUUCGCGAUCAUCUCUGAGCAAAGAAUCGACGACAAGCAGCAAGGGUCCUUACUUCCUCCACCGCCGAAGCUCGAGUCAGAGGUCAACGGAGAAACACAAGAAAGAGGACGCGUUGGCGCGCUGGUUGAGAGAUGGAACGGUCAUCUACAAGAGCGUGGGCUUGGGGCUUAUGGACUUGGCGGUGGGCAUGCAUUUAGUUGAACUGGCUAAGGAAAAGGGCAUUGGAACGCAAGUUGACGGAUUCUAG